AAGUAGAUAGGAGAAGAAUGAAAUAAGAUUUUUAAGUGCUGAUUAUUAAUAAUUGCUUAAAUGCAGCGAGGAAGUGGUUGAAGAAGAACUGCGUAAUCUUCGAAAAACCCUGAUGGAAAACGGUUUCCCGCCCAGGUUCAUAGAAAAGAAUCUCAAACCUAAGAAGACUUCUGAACAAGUCCAAUCCGUCCCAAAGAAAAUGCUUCUGCUUAAUCUAGAAUUCAAAGGUGAUAUUGAAGCAGAAAUCCUUCGCAGACGCCUCUCAAAAUCGCUGAGGAAAACAUACUUCACCGCUAGCCUACGACUGACGUUUUCCUGCAAGAAACUGUUCAGCCAGAACGCGAAAGACAAGCUGUCGCAUUGGGCCACCUCAACGUGCAUAUACCAGUUUACUUGCUCUUGUGGAGCUGAGUACGUUGGCCGUACCAUGCGCCGACUUGAAAAACGCGCUCGUGAACACUAUCCAGCCUGGCUAGUAAAAGGAGAACGAAAACGGGUAAAUAGUUCGGUGACAGAACACCUGGUGAAUUCAGGACAUUAAGCGCCACUCGAAAAAUCCUUCAAAAUCAUUUACAAGAUUCGAUCAAACCCAUCAAAGGGAGUAAAAUCAAGACAUCUGGGCAUAGCCGAGGCGCUAGCUAUACAAAAGCUCAAACCCACGCUCUGUAUACAAAAGAAAUACGUCCAACCCCUGUCCUUGCCAUGGCCAUCAUAAACAGGUAAUUUUUAGUAAUCACCAUCCCAUCGC